AAGGAAGAAGAGGAGCACGGUAUUUUCAAAACUAGCUAAUGUACGAUUUAAAUUCUAUGUACCAGUGUCUAUAAUAAAGCAUUCUUUGAACAAAAAAAACAAAAAAAAAAACAACCCACCCCCUGUGCUUUGUGCUUCAAAUGGCUCCUACCCAGGUUUUCUCUUGAUCCGCCCCUGGGUCAUUAUUUAUUAAUAAUAAGCUAUAACUGUGGACCGAAAGUGAAGUCUUGUUCGUUAGUCAUUUGUUAGUAUUGUUUUCUUUUCGGUCUUCCUUCCUUGUUGAGUAAGAGAUGUAACAGACUAGCAUAUAACAUUCUUCAUUUGAAUAAAUUUGCAAGAAAUGUCCCUAACGUGUAGCCAUUGCAUAUCUUUACCUCUUUAAUAUUAGUUUUGCCUUUCCAAUGUUCCAUUUGAAUUGGGAUUAACGUUUGUUAAUGAUUCAAGUCAUAGACUAAAUUUUCUAUGAAGUACGACUUUUUUUUGGUCUUCAGUCUCUGACAGGUAUUCAUGACUAAGUCUAAACUGGUGAUAAGUGUGAUAGUGCUAGAGCCGAAUGGAAACAUUGCUGGGCCCGCCGAUGAUACAGUUAAAACUGAGCAGAGCACAGCCUUCCUGCAGAUAGCGAACGAAGGUGAUGUUCAAGCGAACUCAGAGGAGCAACGAAAGUGGGAGACGGCCGCCGUUGCACUAGCAUACAUCUCGGUGUUCUCUUUGGUAGCUCUUGGAUCGUUCAGUUUUUAUGUUUCAUCAAUUACAAAUAGUGCUGCUGCAUUUGGCUUUGGGUUUGAUUGUUUUCUGGAUGUUGGAACGUCGGUUGUUGUAAUUUGGAGGUUCUAUGGAAAGACAUCGACUUCAUAUUCCGUCGAAAGAGAACUUAAAGCAUUACUGUUUUUAGGAAUUCUUUUCAUCUUAGCUGCAAUCUCAGUCGCCGGUAAAUCAAUCAAGUAUCUGGUAGAUGGAACACUAGUUAAAACGAGCGCUUGGUUAUACGGUUUAGCAGUUUGUUCUACGUUGAUAUGCAUGUUUCUAUCUAUAUCGAAGUUCUACACUGCAUAUAAACUAAACAGUCAGAGCGUGCGAGCAGAUGGGUACAGUUCGUUGGCAUGUGGCAUAACAUCUUUUACAAUCAUCAUUAGUUCUCUUGUUUAUUCAUCGAAUAAGAACGUGUAUUACCUCGAUGACAUAAUUGGAAUCAUCCUAUCUGUGUUACUACUAUGUUAUGGUAUCAAAUUGUGUGUAGAGGUGUGUAGUUCAUCGGCUGCAAACAAUCGGGAAACGAAACUUACCGUAAUGAAGCUGCCAGGAUACGAAUCUAUGAAAUAAUCAGAUUAAAAUGGCAAAUCAUAAUACGAGCCUAUCUUUUCCUGUGGAAAAUUAUUUCGUUGCAAGAGGGCAGUGUUCAUAACAACAUCUUUAUCAAUCAAUACAUCCAGUUUUGAUUUAACCUACACUUAUUAUGACAGUGUAGUCGUUCGCAAAAGCAACAAAAUUACGGCAAAAAAAGUACCAGACCAGACUAAUGCUGAUUGUAUACAUUCGCCCUUCGAGACCACUUUUGGGACCUGGAAAUGUGAGGUUGUCUCAGGGUUGAGCUGUCGUGACAAAAUGAGUAUUGUGGUACAGAAAAUGAAAAAUGAGUUAUUAAUAUAUAUUAUUUUCAGAUAGAAUCCCCGGUAAUUAUAUAAGCGUAUUUUAGGUCUUUGAAUCAGGCUGCUGUCGGAGUAAGAUAUCAUUUUUAAGUACAGA